AUGUCAGCAUUAGAAACAGUUAAUGUUUAUAUUGCAGAUAAAUCAUUAUCGGUUACAGUGAAAUUGCCAACUGGGUCAGAUUAUUCAUUGGAGCUUGAUCCGCUUGCACAUGAGAUUGAACCAAAGGAAAGUAAAUAUGAUAUUUUGUCUACAAAAAUUGAAAUUAAAAUGAAAAAAAAGGAGGUUGGUAUUAAAUGGAGUUUACUUGAGGGAGAAGAUAAACUUUUGCAAAGAAUUGACACUGAUGCUAAAGGUAGCCUGGCAUAUCCAUCAUCAGCUCGUCAUGCUAAAAAUUGGGACGCAUUAGAGAAAGAAAUUAUUAAAGAUAAGGAUAAACCUGAAGGAGAUGCAGCAUUGAAUUCAUUAUUUCAACAAUUAUAUAACGAUGCAGAUGAGGAUACUAAACGUGCAAUGUUGAAAAGUUACACUGAAAGUAGUGGAACUUGUCUUAGUACAAAUUGGAGCGAGGUUGGUAAAGGUAAAGUUGAAACAAAACCUCCUGAUGGUAUGGUUGCUAAAAAGUGGAAUGAAUAA